AUGUCGAAGUUCACCCAGAAUAGUGAGACCUCGGACGGACUGGAUCUCUCUCCCCACCUUCACAGCGUUCUAGCCGAGCUUCAUCGCCGGCCGUAUCCGCAUGUCCCCAAUCCUCCGCGCUGCAACAAACGUGCCUCAGUCGCCCUGAUUCUCCGUGUCAAACCAACCCACAACAACCAGCCUGAGCCAGGCCCGAAUACUGACGAUACAUCCCUCCCAAUCGAGGAGCGAUUACAGACUUUCUUCUCCCAGCCAUGGGUCCAACAUGGAGAUCCCGAGGUACUGUUCAUCAAGCGGGCCACACGCGAAGGUGAUCGUUGGAACGGUCAUGUGGCUCUACCUGGAGGGAAAAGAGAUCCUGAGGAUCCAGACGACUUGGCGGUCGCGAUCAGAGAAACGUCGGAGGAGAUAGGCUUCGACUUGACCACGGACGAUGUGAUCAGCGUUGGAAACCUACCGGAGCGAGUCAUUACCACAAGUUGGGGGGCAGAGCCAAUCAUGGUCCUCUGUCCGUACAUAUUCUUGACCACGCGCAGCGACUGCAUCACUUUGAACCUGCAGCCUACAGAGGUGGCUGCGGUACAUUGGGUCCCACUUCGAGCUCUCCUGUCCCCUUCCCUACGAUCAGCAGAAUAUGUGGACAUGUCUCAACGGUUUGCGCGACAAGGCGGGUAUGUCACCCGUCUUGCCGUUCGAUCUCUCCUGGGCUGGAUGCAAUUUUCGGCCGUGCGACUUCUCCCUUCCGAAUCACAUCUAUGCAGAACGACGCCCGACUCUAUCCCUGACCGCAAAAACCGCCAAUCCUCUCUUUUGUCGCGGCUUAAAGCCUGGACACUAAGUAACCAGGCAGACUCUGGUGAUCCCACUCGCCCCCUCCUACUCUGGGGUCUCACACUCGGUGUGUUGGCCGACUUCCUGGAUAUGCUGCCGCCUCACAAUGCAGUGGAAUUGUGGAAAUACCCAACUUUCACAGCACCCGACCUGCGACUCAUCGUGAGUGUACUGACUUAUCAUCUUCGCAAGCGGAAUGCACGUGAAGUGCGAAUGGGCCAUCGAGCGGCUGAGACCGCGGCCGAUAGCGAGACCACGGCACUCCGCGUGACUCAUGACGAUGGCGAUCAUGAUCCCAAUGCUGUGGGAAUUGGAGGCCUCGGGGUUGGGCGAUAUUACGGACCAAUCGAUCGUCAGGGUGAGGGUACCUCGUACGCUGUGGGCGUCAUGCUACGGGGAUACUACCAGCGCCUGCGGGUGGCCGUCUGGGUGUUCCUGGCUUGGCGGACGGUCCUUGGUUCUGCGGCAGCAUGGACCGCUUGGCGCUAUUUGCGCCGGAGGUGGUAG